GCCGGGUUCCAGCUGGUUGGCAGCAGGUUCCGCUGUCGCGCGCCGGGCGGCUGCGCACAAUCCGUGGCGGCCCCAGCCAAGCGGUUCUCGGGGAGGUUGGGGCUGUUGACAACCGCGGCUGGAGCGCCCGCCAUUGCGCAGGCGCCUUAAGAAGGUUUCUCCCUCGCCGGUGUCCCUUCGGGUCUCCCUUGCCCCCAGGAUCCACGAGCGCCGCGUGCCGACAGUUCUGAGUUCCGCGUGCCGGCAGCGGGAACCCUGAUUGCUCUCCUUCAACACAUUCAUUAUGAAGUUAUUAGUAAUACUUUUAUUUUCUGGACUUAUAACUGGUUGUAGAGGUAACUCUUCCCAUAGUUUGCCACCCAAGUUACUACUGGUGUCCUUUGAUGGUUUCAGAGCUGACUAUCUACAGAACUAUGAAUUUCCCCAUCUCCAGAAUUUUAUCAAAGAAGGAAUCCUGGUGGAACAUGUUAAAAAUGUUUUUAUCACAAAAACAUUUCCAAACCACUACAGUAUCGUGACAGGCUUGUAUGAAGAAAGCCAUGGCAUUGUGGCUAAUUCCAUGUAUGACGUAAUCACGAAGAAACAUUUUUCUGACCUUGAUGACAAGGAUCCUUUUUGGUGGAAUGAGGCAGUACCUAUUUGGGUGACCAAUCAGCUUCAGGAAAACAGAUCCAGUGCUGCUGCUAUGUGGCCUGGUACUGACGUGCCCAUUCACAAUACCACACCUUCCUAUUUUAUGAAUUAUAGCUCUUCAGUGUCAUUUGAGGAGAGACUAAAUAAUAUUACCACGUGGCUCAUCAAUUCAAAUCCACCAGUCACCUUUGCAACCCUCUACUGGGAAGAACCAGAUGCAAGUGGCCACAAAUAUGGACCCGAAGAUAAAGAAAACAUGUACAGAGUGUUGAAAGAAAUAGAUGACCUUAUUGGUGAGCUAGUCCACAAACUCAAGGUGCUAGGAUUGUGGGAAAAUCUGAAUGUGAUCAUUACAAGUGAUCAUGGGAUGACCCAGUGCUCUAAGGACAGACUGAUCAACUUGGAUCGCUGCAUUGAUAAUUCAAGCUACGCUCUUAUAGAUUUGACUCCAGUUGCUGCUGUACUUCCUAAAAUAAAUACAACAGAGGUUUAUAACAAACUGAAAGUCUGUAGCCCUCACAUGAAUGUUUAUCUCAAAGAAGACAUUCCUGCCAGAUUUCAUUACCAACAUAAUAAUCGAAUUCAGCCUAUUAUUUUGGUUGCUGAUGAAGGCUGGACAAUUGUGUUAAAUAAAUCAUUACCAAAAUUAGGUGACCAUGGUUAUGAUAAUUCUUUGUCUAGUAUGCAUCCAUUUCUAGCUGCCCACGGACCUGCAUUUCACAAAGGCUACAAACACAACACAAUUAACAGUGUGGAUAUUUACCCAAUGAUGUGCCACAUCCUGGGAUUAAAACCACGUCCCAAUAAUGGAACCUUUGGUCACACUAAGUGUUUGUUAGUUGACCAGUGGUGCAUUAAUCUCCCAGAAGCCGUUGGAAUUGUUAUCGGUGCGCUCUUGGUCUUAACCACGCUAACAGGCCUCAUAAUAAUCAUGCAGAAUAGACUGUCUGUACCCCGUCCGUUUUCCCGACUUCAGCUGCAAGAAGACGAUGAUGAUCCCCUAAUUGAGUAAUGCUUGCUGGAAUUUAUACAGAGUAUCUUUAAUUAUACAUGAAACCAAGGAUACAUUCGAGGGAUGGUGUUAUAACUAUGAAAAAUCUACUUUGAAAGACAAAGAACUUAGACCAAGCAUGCUAGAGUUAUUUUGUUUUUCCCUGUGCUUUGUUUUGGUGCAUCAGCUAAUACAGAACAACCAUGACCAUAGUUAAAAUUGCUAGUAAAUCAUUGGUUAACACCACCGAGUUCUCUAACUAGAAACUUUUUUUAAGAAAAAUACUGCCUCUGCCUUUUUCUUGCAAUGAAGAUUUGACACAAUUUUAAAGGAAAAUAUACCAAAAUGUAGUAGGCAUGCUUUUCUAAUAAAUUUUUAUAUUUGUAACCGAAACAACAGAAAUCUUUAUGCAGUUAGAGGAUUUUGUGUAUCAGGAAGGAAAAGUUUUCUAUAUUUUUAUACUUAUUAACCUUAAUAGAGUUUGUAUCCUAAGUUCACCUGUGACGUAGGAAAACCUCUGUGAUGGUUAAUAAAAUCGGUUAACCAGGCAGAACAGAUCUAGCAUGUGAAGAAAUUAUUUUAAGAAAAGCUAUUAUAAAACACAACACAAAGACCAUGUGAUACAAAGCCUCAGUCUCCACCAUUGCGUCUUUGUUUAGACCCGUAAGCUGUUGAAGCCUCAAAAGAUCUCUUUUGAAGAUUGUUGCUAAUAAGAAACUAAGAAAAUAGAAUUGCUUUCCUCUGUUUGUGCUUAGCGCCUUCGUGUAAGUUAUUCAUUUGUGUGUGCCCAAGUGUGUUUGUGUGCACGAGUGUGCAGACUUCCUGUGACUUACAGAAAGUGUCAGAGGUAGGCUGGUCUGUAGGCUGACUUCCACAGAACGUGGCUGUCAGGCAGACGGUAUAAUUGCACUUCAUAUUUGUUUACUUUCUUCUGACUCACAAGCUAAAUUCCUAACUGAAGAAAAUUCAUCGGCUUUUGUUACCAUUUUUUACUUUCUCAUGUUUAUUAUAGCCAGAGGUAUCAAGUCCUGCAGAAAAACUGAUGACCUGAAUACAAAUCUGGUUUCAAUUGGGUCAGAACGAGGAAGAGAGAUUUUAAUACCUAACCUUUGGGACAUUAUGCCUUACUUUUCAGGCAUGGGAUUUGGUUUCUUUUGAUCUUUUCCACUAUUCAUAUGGUAAGUGGCAGAAUUUAAGCUUAAACUCUAAGCACUGUUAACAUUCUGUAGCCUGAGUGCCACCUCUGAUUUUUUUUUCGGUGUUUGGUUCAUAGAAAUGAUCACUCUGCUCCUAUUUUUGUAAACAUACAUGUUCAUAGCUAAGGAUUUGCUGUGAAGAAUCGCCAUCCUACCUUGCUAGGUGGUACUUUCUAAUAAUCAAAAUUAAUAUGCAGAAACUGAGUUGUAUCUGUUAAAGAAAAAACUGGCUUUAAGAACCUUCCAUCAGGACCUGAGGCAGGCCAUUAAUAGUGUGAACUUGAAAGUUUUGACAAUAUAAAAUAAACUGGGUAACUGUCUUUCAGAUAAAAAUAAAUUAUCUACAGCAAAUAUACAGCCCAGUUAAAUGUUGAUUUUCUAUGAUAGUAAAAAAUGCUGCCAGUCAUCAAACAUAUAAUUCAUCCUGUUUGGUCACUGCUAAUUUUGUGAUCUUAGCAUUUGAUGCCUAUUGUUUUGGGGGUUCUUGAGAAGCAUUUCUACAACCUGCAUAAAUAGUCCAUGCUAUUGGUCAUAAGUGGACUGUGUUAAGAACAGCAUAAUAAACAAAUGAAAUAAAACCAAUAGGACUAAUUUUGCUUUUUGACAAAUUUUGAUUUUUUUUCCUCACAUAAAAGUUACCCUAACGUUAAUAGUUUUUCUGAACAAAAUAAAAGAAAAUUUUCUAUUUCAAUUUCCAUUAAAAAAAAAAAAGACUGGAACAGCCACAUUUAAAACAGUAGACACAUUUUGAAAUAUCUAAAAUAGAAUAUUUCAUACUAGCCCAAUAGAGCUUGGUCCCUACAAUGCCGUGAGUUUUCAUGAUCGCAUUAGUUUGGUGGUUAGGAGUUUCAGAAAUCUAUACACAGCAUCCAGCCUGUGAGUGGACUUCAUACAGGAUGAAAGAGCCUGUCACUGUCUUACCCUUUUGAAUAAGACCUUCACAUAUUUGUCUUUCAUUCCAUCCUCAAAAUAUUAACUUUAAUUAAAAUUGUAAAAUUUUUUAUGUAUAUAUGCUGAUGGGACAAAACAGUAUUUAUUUGCUCAGAGACAUUUAUAUAUUAUUGAACUUUGUGUUAAUUCAUUUGUAUCUUUGAAAAAUUAUCAUCGUUAAAGCCAAUGACUCCUCUCGUGCUCUGAGAAAAUCUUUUAGUGAAGCCAGCCCUUUACAUUAAGGUUUUGGUGUGGAUUUUGUUAAAUAAGUGACUCCUAUAUGUCCUGACAUGUUUUCUGGGUGAUAGGAAGUAUUUGGCUCUGGGAAACCCUUAACUGUUGAUGACAACAAUACUCAAAGGUAAUAGGAACGCUUUUUAAAAAAAAAUUUUUUUUAAUGUUUAUUUAUUUUUGAGAGAGACAGAGACAGAAUGCGAGUGGGUUAGCGGCAGGGAGAGAGGGAGACACAAAAUCCGAAGCAGGCUCCAGGCUCUGAGCUGUCAGCACAGAGCCCGAUGUGGGGCUCGAACCCACAAGCUGUGAGAUCAUGACCUGAGCCGAAGUCGGACGCUCAACCGACUGAGCCACACAGGUGCCCCAGGAACACUUUUUAUUAAGUAGUUUUUGUUCAUUCAGUGAGUGAAUUCAGAGUAAGUACAUUUAUGCGUUGGUGGUACAGUGAUGAGCAUAGCUGCCUUCCGGAAUAAAUACCUUUAUAAGGACAGUUCUGCUGUUAUUAAGGUGCGAGUUCUUCUGGUAAACAGCAAUAGAAUUCGAAUGUAAAUUAUUUCAGUGCUCUGUAUUGUAGGCCUUGUGUUACGGUUUCAUCAAGCUUGGUAUAAGAAUUUAAAGAUAAAUUCUUGGAAUAUUAAAGGAUUAAACAUGCCUUUGUAUUGUUCUUGGGUGGCUCCCCCUCUUGUCCAUAUCUGGUAAGAUUUAAGGAUGAUGGCAUUUAAUUCCUUUUAUUUGGAGGUUUUGCUUCAUUGCGAAUGCAUAAAGUUACAAGUGAAGGACAAAGAUGAGAUGGAAGGUGUGGAUUUUAUAGUCAUUUCCUAAAAUAGUGUGUAAAUAAAAUGACAUGAGUAUGCUUUAAAGAAGUCUUUAUGUGGUGCCUUAAGUUGAAGUAAAAUAUAUUUUGACUAUAUUGUUUGAAUCCAUAGUGAAUGACUUUGCUUAUGAUUAAAAAAUUUUAUGUGAAUAAAAACAUUUUUACUGUAA